AUGUGGCGCACCAAAAACACCAUUCGAGAAAUAAUCAGAGAUGAUGGAUCGGCUUUGACGGAUCCUAAGGAGAUUGGUGAUCAUUUAGUGGCCCACUAUGAAAAUUUCUUCAAAAGUGGGAGGACAACUAGAGAUGCAGGCCUUCUUUCUACAAUUCCCUCCCUGGUGACAGAGCUGGAUAAUGCUAUGCUGACCAAGAUCCCUUCGCACGAUGAAAUUAGAUUUGCAGUUUUUUAUUUGGACCCCACUAGUGCUCCUGGGUCGGAUGGCUACCCAGGUACUUUCUAUAGGGUGUGUGGGGACUUUAUUGGUAGGGAUGUCUGUCGUGGCAUUCAGAGCUUCUUUAGGGAAGGCAUUGUCACUAAAGGAGUGAAUUGCAACUUCCUUUGCCUAAUCCCUAAACUUGAGAACGACAACAAGGUGGGGCAGUUCCACCCUCUCUGCCUGGGAAAUAUCUUUUUUAAAAUCAUCCCUAAAAUUAUGGCGACCAGAUUGUCCUCUAUUUUGUACAAGUUGAUAUCUCCUGAGCAAGGAGCUUUCCAGAAAGGCAGAGUCAUUUUUGAAAACAUUGGAGUCGCAUCAAAGCUAACAAAUCUGAUGGAAGUAAAAUGCAAGGGAGGAGGUUUGGAUAUGAAACUGGACAUUCAAAAAGCGUUUGAUAUGCUUGAGUGGAAUUUUCUGUUCGAUGUUCUCAAUGCCUUUGGAUUUUCUCAGUCUUGGAUUCAUUGGGUGCACCAAAUUCUUCAGUCGACCCAGAUCUCAGUUCUGAUUAAUGGAGGACCUGCUGGCUUUUUUGGGACGAAAAGAGGGUUGAGACAAGGCGACCCGCUGUCCUCUCUCCUUUUUAUAUUUUCUGAAGAGGUUUUAUGCAGAGGGUUAAAUGAGCUGCGACAUAGAGGAUGGCUUAAGGCUCUUGCAGGACCACGUCAGGUGAUAACUCCCUCCCAUCUCCUUUAUGCGGAUGACCUAUUUAUUUUUAUGAAGGCAGAGUUGGUUAAUGUUAGACGUGUCAAGCACUUCCUAGAGGCCUAUGGAGAGUAUUCGGGUCAGGUGAUAAACCUCGCUAAAAGCAAGGUUUUCUUUGGUCGUAUAUCAGCUGCUAGAAGACAAAGAUUAUUAUCGGUGCUACAAAUUCCUGUGUGUACCUUCCCAACAAGAGGUCAACUUGUGAAAGGGGAUGGGUCGCUCAAAAAGGCUAUUGGCACUUCCACACUUCUACCAGGCCUUAGGAGAGUUUGGGAAUUUGUACAGUCGGCGGAGAGAUGGGUGGUUAGAAAUGACAACUCUAUAAGAUUCUGGUACGACAAAUGGUUAGAUAAUCAAAGCAUUGAGGACCUAGUUCAUCCUCUCCACAUUCCACGCAAUCAAUUGGCUUCGGUUGCAGAUUUUUGGGAAGGAGGAAAUUGGGCACUGCCGGCAGUUCAAGAACCUGAGAUCCAGAGUGUCUUCAAUAAGAUUCAAGGCAGUGGGAUCACAUGUCACAAUGGGCCAGAUAGGAGAUUUUGGGCUCAUACGACAACAGGCCUGUUCACGGUCAAGUCUGCAUGGGAGGCCUUACGUCUAAAGGCUGCUAUACCUAACUGGGUCUCGGCAGUUUGGAACUGA